ACUUAUAACAAAGUAGUUUUCACAAGAUAAAUACUAAACUACACAUACAUGAGUUUCAUUAAUAUAUAAUAUAAUUAUUAAUUACCUCUUUAUCCUUAUUUAUACCAAAGCACAAGCCACAUUCGUGAGAUAUCAGAUAUGGCUUUGUGUUCAGAUAUAAGAUUCAAUAAUAAUAUUGUUUUGGUUUUGUUGUUGCUAUUUGGCAAUGAAGCUUUGGGUGUGUUUUCUUCGGUGGUGGCAGAACAAGAGGCUGAUAGAGUUUACAGGCUACCGGGGCAGCCUGUGGUGAAGUUCAAGCAAUACGCUGGUUACAUCACAGUGAAUGAGACUCAUGGAAGAGCACUCUUCUACUGGUUCUUCGAGGCUACCGACAAACCUGAACACAAACCACUCCUUCUAUGGCUCAAUGGAGGACCAGGCUGUUCCUCAAUUGGUUAUGGAGAAGCAGAGGAACUAGGACCCUUCUUUCCCCAAAAUAGCAGCCAACCAAAGCUAAAGUUAAACCCUUACUCUUGGAACAAAGCCGCAAAUCUUUUGUUUUUGGAAUCCCCUGUGGGAGUGGGAUUCUCCUACACCAACACCAGCAGUGAUAUUAAGGCUCUUGGUGACAAAAUUACUGCUAUUGAUUCUCACAUUUUUAUCACCAAAUGGUUUAAGCGAUUUCCACAAUUUAGAUCACACGAAUUCUACAUUUCAGGCGAAAGCUAUGCAGGGCACUAUGUUCCUCAACUUUCAGAGCUCAUAUUUGAUAACAAUCGUGAUCCUUCCAAGGAAGACUACAUUAAAUUCAAAGGAUUCAUGAUUGGGAAUGCACUAUUGGAUGAUGAAACAGAUCAAAAGGGAAUGGUAGAUUAUGCAUGGGACCAUGCUGUGUUAUCAGAUGGUGUAUACCAUAACAUCACAUCAAAUUGUGACUUCAGAUAUGCAAAUCUAACAGAUGAAGGUCUAUCAAAGCCAUGCAAUGAUGCACUCAAGAAGUAUUUUGAUGUGUAUAAAAUCAUUGACAUGUAUAGCUUAUACACUCCAAUGUGUUUCACUAACACCAACAGCUCCACCAGAAGGGAUACCCCUAAAGUUAUCAAGGGCGUUGCUCCUCACACUUUCUCUAAAUUUGAAAUGUGGCAUCAAAUACCAGCCAGUGGAUAUGAUCCUUGUGCAUCAGAUUACACCGCAGCAUAUCUAAAUAGGCCGGAAGUGCAAGAGGCACUACAUGCCAAUGUCUCCAAAAUUCCCUACAAAUGGACUCACUGCAGUGAUCAAAUCAAUACUUGGAAUGGGUCACCUCAGUCCAUGCUUCCUAUUCUCAAGAAGCUCGUUGAUGGUGGAAUUCGCAUAUGGGUUUUCAGUGGAGAUACCGAUGGAAGAAUCCCUGUAACUUCCACAAGAUUAACAUUGAGAAAAUUGGGGCUUAGCAUUGUUCAACAUUGGACUCCUUGGUAUACCAGCAGACAGGUGGGAGGAUGGACGAUUAAAUAUGAUGGGCUCACUUUUGUGACAGUAAGAGGUGCUGGUCACCAGGUUCCAACUUUUCGUCCUAAGCAAGCUCUUCAGCUAAUUAGACAUUUCUUGGUGAACAAGAAAUUACCGGAACAACCAAUUAAACAAGGUCCCUUUUGAUUUAACAUUUUGAUGUUUGCUCCACAUCAACAUUAUUGGAAAUGUAUUUUCUGUUCUUUAUAGGGGUUUAGAAUUAGUUUGUUCCACCUUUUGUUGUUGUGUGCUUAUGUCCUGAGCCUUUCUAUAUUGUGAUUAUUGUCCUGUGUUUGAAAUAUUCAUGUAAUAUAGAUCAAUUCAAUAGUCUUCUUCUGUACUCCUUUUUACAAGUGUUGAGUCUUUUCUCAAAUUAUAUAUAUAAAAAAUACAAAAUAUGCAAAGUUCUAUAUCA